AGCACAAGUGCAACGACUUCCCAUGACGAAUGGCAAAUAUCUCCUGACUGUCUUCUUCCUCUAUUUCCAUCCUUCUCUCCCCUCCUUCUCCCUUUCAUUGAAUUCAUUUGUCUUUCUUCCUGCUUGAUUACCUCCCCACCCCCUAAUAGUGCCGUCAUGUCGCUCAAUCCCGAGCCCUCGCAGCCGGAUGAGCGCGCUGAGCACCAUCUCGCGCCCAAGUCGUACGCCGACGCUGCCGAAGAGGCUCUGCAACCGCCACAGUCUCAUCAAACCAAUGGAGAUGCUGCCCAGCUCAACCCCGAACCAUCGCAGCCCGGCGAGCGCGCUUCUCACCACCUCCCCCCAAAGUCUUACGCCGAAGCUGCUGACGAGCCCGCCAUCGACCAGGCCGAUGGCCACCAUUCCACCCCACCACCACCGGCGACGUUGAAAAUCACGACCAAAGGCGACGGCCUUGUACAGACGACGCAUCGCGAUAACACGGAACAGUAUGAAGGCACCGGUCUGGAAGAUGGCCCUCGGAGCCCCGAACGUGGCCAUCGUAGGAAGACGUCGCUCAAGUCCAAUGGCUCCAUUGGCCGCAAGCAUGGCGAGGUCAUCUUCCAGGACCAGAGCGACGAUAUCGAAGUAUAUCAGAAACAUGAAGGGCGCAACGGCAACACCCUGACCAGUGUGAGGGUCCAGGAUCCCUACGAGAAGGACACCCGCACCGACGUGAAGAAGAAGCCUUCCAAGCGCAGAAACUCUGAACUCAAGUCAGGUCGCGAAGCUGGUGCGGGCUGGCAUACGAGCAAAAUACGAUUUGCUCCCCUCAACGUCCCACUCCAACGUCGCCUGCAGACGCUUGCUGUCCUGAUGCACACUCUCUCCAUCGUCGGUCUCAUGGGCAUCUUCUUCCUUCUCUGCGCCAUUCCUCUUCUGUGGCCCAUCCUCCUCCCUUACACCCUGUUUGUGCUUUUCUCCAACGCUGGCAGCUCAGGCGAACUCUCGUACCGCAGCAAGAGAUGGCGCAACGCCAAAGUCUGGUCGCUCUUUGCUUCCUACUUUCCCGCCCGUCUGCACCGUUCUCAGGAACUGGAGCCUACCCGCAAGUACAUCUUUGGUUACCAUCCUCACGGAAUCAUAUCUCACGGUGCUUUUGCUGCCUUCGCUACCGAAGCAUUGGGCUUCUCCCAGCUGUUCCCCGGCAUCACGAAUACCCUGCUCACGCUCGAGGGCAAUUUCAAGAUGCCUCUCUAUCGGGAGUAUGCGUUGCGCAUGGGAAUGGCCUCGGUAUCGCGUGAGUCUUGCGAGAAGAUUCUCUCCAAAGGCGGUAGGAACGGGGAGGGCAUGGGUAGGGCUAUUACCAUUGUGGUCGGUGGCGCUCGCGAGUCGUUGGAGUCAAGGCCCGGUACCAUGCAUCUGGUUCUCAAUCGCCGCCAGGGUUUCGUGAAAUUGGCUAUCCGCAACGGAGCUGAUCUUGUACCUGUGGUGGGUUUCGGCGAGAAUGAGCUAUACGAGCAGCUAGAUCCCCACCAUCAUCCCUGGAUAUACAAGUUUCAAAUGCUUGUCAAGAAGAUCAUGGGCUGGACCGUCCCAAUCUUCCACGCUCGAGGCAUCUUCAACUACGAUGUUGGCAUGAUGCCUUAUCGAAGACCCAUGAAUAUCGUCGUGGGACGACCGAUCAGGGUCGAGCAAGCUAAAAACCCCGACAAGCAAUACGUCGACAGCGUGCACAAACAGUACAUUGACGAGCUGUUGCGUCUAUGGAACGAGCACAAGGACGAAUUUGCUCCACGCAGGACCGAGGAUCUGGACAUCAUCGAGUAA